UCGCACCAGACUCCCAACAUCACCGGGCUCCCGCUGGAAUCUACAGAGUAUCGUCCGCACGUCCGUCCAAACAGUACAGCAUCGUCCAUUUGUUCUGGCCGCAGGCAAUGUCUCUGGCAACCUGCAACGGCUCCUAGUUGCCUCCUCUUCAAGGCUCAUUCUCACCAACAUCGAACCCUCCCUUCUGCCUGCUGUGUUGCACACCACCACCACAUGCCCAGGAUGCCCGCUGCCACGGAGAAGAGCCAGCUCAAGCGCGUCCGCCAAUCCCAAGGCGAUCAAGUCGACUCCAAGAAAGCUCGAAGGUCGGACCGUCACCAGUCGCCCUCGGAUGAGAGCCUCAAGAACGGCCAGCUGCCCACGCCCGUCACCAACAAGGCCUCCAAAUCCACCGCUGACUUCAACGAAGGCACCGUUACGCCGCCGAGUCAGAUUUCGACCGAGCAGACCAAGGAUGUGAGGAGUCCGCUUCGGGGCCUCGCCUCUCCGCCCGGCGAUACCCAGCCCUUCUCCCAGUUCGUGUUUCCUCCAAAUAGCAGGUCGUAUGCCGUCGAGGACGAGGAAGGGGAAGGGGUUUGGGGAUAUCUGGUUCCCUUCGACGAUGCCUCGGGGGAUGUUCUUGUUCUCCGUCGACGAAGUCUGUGUCCCAUUCCGGCAUCCAUGGUUGGGCAGACCUCUGGGAGGGAAAACGUCUCCUCUGAAAGUGUCAACAAGGAUGAAGAGCAUUACGAAGAGGCCAAGGCCAAGAAGGGUGUUCCCGCGGGUGGAUAUCUUAUUGGACGUCAUCCAGAGUGCGACCGCGUCAUAAAAUCCCCCGUCGUGUCAAACCGCCAUUGCAUACUGUUCUCUGAGAACAAAGGCGGCGACACCAUUGCCGUUCUCGAGGAUCUGUCCGGCAACGGCACCUUCGUCAACGAUUCGCUUGUGGGACGGAACAAGCGUAGGGUGUUGAAUGAAGGCGACGAGAUAGCCAUUCUCGACGAGGCGCGUUUUGUCUUCAGAUACCCUCUCAGCCGCAACACGAACCGCUUCCGCCAGCAAUACACCAUCCUCGAGCAGUUGGGCAAGGGCCAUUUUGCGUCGGUCUACCUCUGCGUGGAGAAAAGCACUGGGGUACGGUAUGCCGUCAAGAAGUUUGAAAAGCGCACAGGACCCGGGGAGAAGUCCAAGGUGGAGGGCUUGCAACAAGAGAUUGCCGUCCUCAUGUCCGUGAACCAUCCAGCGUUACUCUGCCUGAAGGAUACCUUCGAUGAGGAGGACGGCGUCUACCUUGUGCUGGAACUCGCCGCCGAAGGGGAGCUGUUCAACUGGAUCAUUAUGAAGCAGAAGUUGACUGAGGCGGAGGCGCGGAAGGUCUUCAUUCAGCUGUUCCAAGCUGUGAAAUAUCUCCACGAGCGCAACAUUGUCCACCGCGACAUCAAACCGGAGAACAUACUGCUGACUGACAAGGAGUUGCACGUCAAGCUUGCAGAUUUUGGCCUUGCCAAGAUCAUAGGCGAAGAAUCUUUCACCACGACUCUGUGCGGCACACCAUCUUAUGUCGCGCCAGAGAUUCUGGAAAGCGGUAACCAUAGACGAUAUACGAGGGCCGUGGACGUGUGGUCUCUAGGCGUCGUACUCUACAUCUGCCUCUGUGGCUUCCCUCCUUUCUCCGAUGAACUCUACAGUCCGGAGAACCCGUACACGCUAUCUCAGCAGAUCAAGGCCGGCCGCUUCGAUUACCCGUCGCCCUAUUGGGACUCGGUCGGAGAUCCCGCGCUUGACCUGAUAGAUCGCAUGCUGACCGUCGACCCGGAGCAACGCAUCACCAUUGAUGAGUGCUUGGAACAUCCGUGGACGACUCAGCGAGACCUGAACCCCGCCGAUAGUACCGACGGGUUGACUGGUGCCAUCGCCAACCUCGACUUCUCCAAGCGUAAGGUGCAUCGCGAAAGGACGCUUCUGAGCAGCAUCAAUAAUAUCAAGGUGUCACGUGUCGUCCAAGGACAAAGUGGACGGCAUCCCGUCAAGGUCUGGGAGAAGAACCCCUGCGAUAAGGCCAAGAAAGGGGCAGUGAAGGAGCAGACGCCCUCGGGAGCUAGGGCGCCUGAAGAGUUUAUUCAUAUGGGCGGGAAGGGAGAUGAGCAGCUUUUCGAUAACGACGAUGGGUCGCACUAUGCGGCGAAGGAUGUUGCUUCGAACGGGAAUCGGAAAGUGGAGACUUGAAGGGUGGGAUUUCAGUAAGGCGGGUAUGUGGUGCGAUACAGUAUGCCUCGAAGCAUACCGGCGACAGGGACUUUUCGGCGUUCAUGGCGGCUGCAAGGACCGACACGGAUGGGGAUCAUCUUGUUAAAAGGAAGGCGUUAUGAGCGUCGCAUACAUGGCGUUAGAUUCUUUGCUCGUAGCGCAGCAGGCGUAGCUAUGCCCAGCAUCCCAGAGAGUCCAUGAUGGAAUCUGUAUCGGAGAGGCGUAUGAAAGUUAAUACCAUAGACACCAAGCAUAUUGCAAUGUUUUUG